AAUUCAGUCGAGCUCGAGCUCUGAUUUUAAAUUUAUAUACUAAACGAGACAAGAAGAGGUUGGCUGGUUUGGAUCCCUGCCACCUUCUAAUUUUAUCACCGGGGAAGAACAGAGCUAGGGUUCUAAUUAGGGAGGUUGAGACAAAGAGAGGGUUGUAGGUGUGAAUUGAAGGAAUUGGAGAAAUGGUUAGCGAGACGAAGAGCAGCAAUGGAGGUAACGCGGGAGGAGGAGGGUUUAGGGCAAAAAUGGAUCAUGUCCUUUACAGUGGUGAAAAGAAGCACGUGUUCGCCGGAAUUCUCAUCAUCGGCGCCGUCUUUGCUGUCCCCUGGUUCCUCAUGACCCGAGGAUCGAAACAACAAUCUCAUCAAGAUUACUUGGAAAAAGCUGACAAAGCGCGGAGUGAAAGACUUUCUUCCUCUAAAGCUAAAUGACCUAUACAAGUUUUAUGGAAGGGGUUGGUUUUAUUGCAUUGACCUAUUGUUACAGAUCAGUGUAGUUCUCCAAAAUUUUGGAUCAUUUGCAGUUCCUUUUCCUUCUUUGUGGGUUAGGCCAGGACAUGCUUCUAUUUACUUGAAAGGAGUGGUUAUUGAAUCCCCGUUAGGGGCAAACUCCUUCUUUUUGCCUUGUAAUUUCAGUGGGCAUCUUGAAUAAAACCUUCCGAAGUGCUAAGAAAGUUCGCAGUUGUGAUGAA